AUGGUCGUCACACGACGCACCCCAGCCCCGCCUGUUCCUGCCUCGCGCACACAAUCCACACAGCCCAUCCCGCGCAUAGCGAAGAGGGCCAACCCAGACACGUCUAGCAUUCCGGACAAAUCCAGCCCACUUGCGAAUGGAAGCUCUGCCGAUGCAGCCGCUAAAUCGGCCGCUGUGGAUGUAGACAAAGCGGUGAGUGCGAAUGGCGCGUCUAAAUCCAUAAAAUCCAAAGGGAAACAGAAACCGAAGAAAGGUGGCAAGAAAAAGUCGGGCGGUAAAUCCAGCGGCUUUGCCGAGCUGCUAUUCCGGGGUUUCCUGCUCUGGUUUACCAUCUAUACGCUUUCCGUCUGCCCGGACGACGACAAGUUGAAGUCGCCUAUCUGCCGUGGUCUCUCCGAGUAUCGCCGCCUGGUUAUCGACCCUUACAUCAUCCCACCAAUCCAGCAUGCGCUGGCACAUCCCUCCGUGGCGCCGUAUGUCGAGAAGGCUAAGCCAUACGCUGACUACGCUGUUCGCACCGCCAAACCCAUCGCCGCCCGAGCGCAACAGGAGUUCAACGCCCAUGUGGUACCACAGUGGAACAAGCGUGUCAUCCCGCUGUACAACCAGUAUGCUGCUCCGCAGCUACUCAAGCUAGAAGCGCAGGCGGCUCCCUAUCGGACCCGUGCCGAGCAAGAGUACGAACGGCUUCUGAAACCAUAUGCCGGCCCUGCCGUCGCUACGCUCAAUCAGUGGCAGCAAAAGGCCCGCCCCUAUGUCGUCCUUGCCGCUCAGAAGACGUACGACGGAUACCAGCGCGCGCGUCCGUAUGCGCGUCCGGUGUGGGAGAAGAUCAAGGUCAUCGUCGCACAACUCCUCGCCGUGCUCGGUGAACAGCGAAGACAAUUUGUCGACCCUCAUGUGCAGAAAAUUUGGGAGCACGUCAAGGAGCUAAGCGGAAAGCCGCAAACCCCCUCUGUUUCCCAAGUACGCAGCGCAGCGUCAUCGCAGCUCUCGAAGGCCUCGUCUCAAGCGUCUGUGGCUUCUGCAAAACUUUCCUCGACGGUGUCCUCCGUUGCCUCGUCAGCUGUCUCCGGUACACCCGUUGUCCCUGAAUCUGCUACCGAUAUUCUGUCCGGCGCCUCUAGCGUAAUAUCGGAAGUGGUCACAAGCUCUGCAGUGGUUCCAGACGCCGUCGCUCAGGCUGCUGAAGCCGUCAAAUCCUCUGUGUCGGUGGCGGCCGCCAAGGUCUCAUCUGAAGUGGCGAGCGCACCCGCCGCGCUCAGCUCCACCGCCUCCGUGAUUUCUGCCGCCGUCUCGCCAUCCCUUUCGUCGGUCGUUUCAGCCGCAAGUGAUGCCGUAGCGUCCCCUGCGUCCUCGCUCGCCUCGGCCGCCGAGUCAGUGGCCCAAGCGCCUCUGGACGCGGCCUCAUCUGUCACUUCUUCCCUGGGUGAACGAGCAUCCGGAGCAGCCCGCGGUGCUGGAUCCGCCCUGUCGUCCGAAGCCGCCUCUGUCGCCGAUGUAGCCACUUCGUCCGCGUCUGCGGCGAAGUCUAUUACCGCUUCUGCGUCCGAGGAAAUCUCUGUCACGGUCACGCAGUCGACCGUGCGCGUUGCCGACGCGGUCGCUUCUAUUGCCACCCCCAUCGUGGACCCAGACAUCCAGCUUCUCGAGAAGCUGUCCGAUCCGGACCUGGAGGCGUUCAAGGCCGAACUGGGUCUCGCGGAGGACCUGCUCGCUGAGCCUGAGCCCUCCGAGACCUCCGCCGCGCCGGUGCCGGCGGAGACCGAGACCGAGGAGGAACGGGAGGCCCGGCUGCGUGCGCGCCGUGAGAAGACCGAGCGGGACCGUGCGUCCAUCGAGCGGCGGCACACCGAGUGGGAGCGCAAGCUCAACGAGCGCAUCGCCGCGAACAAGAAGGCCCUCCGUAAGGCCCUCGUUGCGCUCCGCAAGGCGGCGGCGGUCGAGCUGAAGGGAAGCAUCGCUAUCAAGAAGGAGAUCGAUGACCUCGUCGAGGAUGCUGAGAAGUUCCUGCGCGGUGCCGAGAAGUACCUUGCCAACCUUCAGACGGAGGGCCGGACGAACGAGGAGAAGAAGGUCAUCUGGGACCGCGUCAUCUCCAAGGUUCAGGACAAGUUCACGGAACGUCUUCACCAGACGGAGGCUCGCGUCAAUGGCUGGUACCAAGAGCACCUGAACAAGGAGCUUGCUGAGGUCAACACGCUUGUCGCAGAAGUUACCAGCAUCCUCGACGCGGCCCAAGCCGACAUCGGGCUCGACUACGCUUAUCUCGAUGAUGUGACAUACUUGGACUGGCAACGUUACCACGACCUUGCGCGGAGAUCCGAGAACUUCACCAUCCAUGCGCACUCUGUGCAGGACGGCUCGCACCCCUCACCGCCCAUCAACCCUGUCGUCGCCGCCAUCGCCGACCUCCAAGUCGAGGUUGAGGAUGUCGUAGCCGGAUUUGAGACCCGUCUCCGACGGAUCACCCGCGGCGGCGCGCGCGCGUUCGGGACGACUGAGGAGGAGUCUGAUGACGAGGAAGCUCCGGCCCCGGGUGACGAGACUGUUUCGAUCCUGCCGAUCGAGGAGAGCGCGCUGCCUGAGCAUACGCAAUCCCCCGCAGACGUCGACGUACCGCCAGUCGUGAUCGGCCGUGGCAAAGAGGAGGUCGAGGCGGCCCUGAACCGCGUGGCCGACCUGGAGGGGGACAAGACGUCGGCCCCAGACGACGCGCAGAAGAGCGCCGACUCCGAUGCGGUCGCACACGCCCUGAAGGAGGAGAUCGGCGGCGAGGCGCAGGCACGGUCCGUGCCGUCGCCGCCGUUGCAUCAGGAGCUGUAGGCGGGCGCGGAUGGGCUGGAAGUUGGCUUUCCGUUCCGUACGUGCGCAGGCGGUGAGUGUCCGCAGCCGGCCUGCUCCCGCCCGCGGCGCGAUGCUGAUACUCGCCCGCGCGUCCGUUUAGCUCAGUGCCCGUGAUUGGUGGACAAUCUAGUUUGCCGGCUAGUCCCCGUACGUGCGGCGCGCGCCGCAUCGUCGAUUAUUUAUUGGGCGGGCGCGGCGGUACCCGCGGACGAUGUGCUACGUGUACUCGAUCAGGCGUCACCCUCUCUUGCGUUACCUUCGCAGCAUGUUCUGUUCUACUUGACACCUAUGUUACCGAUAUGUUAUAGUUAGGCUGUGGAUACACCACAAAUUAUACGUGAUAUACC